AUGAGGUCCAGGAACGCCUUCGUACUUCCGACAACCAAACAACGCCCUCGAAACUUAGGGAGAUUCCAAGCUGAAACCCCCGGUCUUCAACCAUCGUUCGAUCAGUGGCGAUCACCCGAAGAACCAUGCGCAGCCCCCCCGAGUGGACCAGCUGCCCGGCCUGCCAACCAUGCCGAGGAAGAGAUCUUGGAAGCCACUGGUGUAGUCACCAUAUUCGACCAGAUCAGGCAUGCUUGCGACUUUCAGCCCGGCCUGCAAGAGUAUGUGGAACCGAAUUCACGGCCUGAAGCGCUGGCACCUGGCCUGCAAGUCCUCUUUUGGACGCAUCAUGCCAUGAACCCGGAUUCUGGGCCGUACUCGGGCACCUGGAAUAAUUGGAGAGACAUGACGAAUCUCUUCCGAGGGUCUCGUGGAACGACCAAGACUAGAGUUGAUGAAGAUGGCCUUUAUUUCCUCGAUUAUCAUAUGAGUCUUAGUCGUCCGAAUAAUCUCACCGCCAACAAUCCUUUCUUCUCAGUCGACGAGGAGGUCAUGGUGGAAAGAGCGAAGAUUGAGUCGACCCUUGAACAACCGAACGAACCCACACUGCCAGCAAGAGCGCGACUACACCCUUCACGCAACGAACUCGAAGAAUUCUCCUUUCCCAGUCAGAUCGUCGAAUCCAAUGCCGUGGAUAAUAACCCAUAUACAAUAUCAACGCCGUCUAUUUCCGUAGACAGUGUUCGAACUGUCAGUAGCAAAAGUGCGCCACGGGCAAGGUAUCCUACAUAUGUCACACGAACAUCGUCACUGUCAACGUUCGGCUUCAACGAAAAGGCCUCGGUAUCACACAGUGGCCAGAGUCUGAGAUUUGCGUCUCAUACCUCACCAUAUGAAAGCACCGACGCAUUGAGGGACCCUGGUCCACUUGGCCGUCCCUCAGGAUCUCAACUCCAACGAUUAUUCCAAUUGACGAAACAGGCAUUCUCCAGUCACAUCGAUGCGAAGACAAUCGUGGAAAUGAUAGACUUUCGUGAACUGGUCUAUCCAUUCGGGAUUUGGAAAUACACUGUACUUGCCCUUGUAGGAAUGGCAAUAGCUGGGAUCGUUGUUUCGGAGCACUACUUCCACUGGAUAGAGACAUCCAUGGCCAUUACUCGACGGAACAUGAUUCCUGUUCUUGUUGUUGUCAUCGGACUGGAGCCCAUCAUGAUCUCAAUCAUUCUUCUUGUGGCUCGGGUUCCUCCCCAAAAGCCGGGGGAUGCACCGGCACAAACUACAUUGCCAGAUAUCGAGGCGAAUAUAUAUGGUUCUGAAAAGACGACUGACCAUCGGACCGCAUUGGUCAUUCCAUGCCACAAUAGCGAUAGGAUGGCCAUGACAAAAGUCCUCGAAUCGGCUUACCCGCACUUCCGACCUCAAGACAUCUUCAUCGUGGAUAAUGGGCGAACGAAAUAUCCACCGGAUGAUUUCCGGCAAUUUAUUCGAGAGCAGCACCCAGACAUUGUGUAUAUGUGGUCACCCAUAGGUAGCAAAAACGCUGCCCAGCUUGUUGGUGCGCUUGCGGCGAAGCAGUACUCGUUCAUCAUGACGGUGGACGAUGACGUCUCGAUCCCUCCCAAUUUUCGGCCUCCCAUCGACAAAAUAGACCACUUGACCAAAGGUGUGGCUUUCCCAUUACGGGCAAUGAAUUCCAAUAGUCAGACGCCUCUUUUCAUGGUUGCAUGGCAGGAUUGUGAGUACAAGAUGUCGGGCCUCAGCAAACUUGCUGAAUCGUCUCUAUGCGGCGUUCUAUACCCACAUGGUGCUGGCUGGUUCUGCGAACGAGAGACAUUGAUUGACUUAAUCAGCAAUUACCACUCACUCGAUUUUAUCGCGGAAGAUGUGAACACUGGCCUGUCGAUGCAAAAGAUGAAAAAGCGCAUCGCGUUCGAUGCGGGAAUAGUUCUCGAAACAGAGGUUCCCACCACAAUCUUCGGACCUGGCUUGAAUUGGUGGCACCAACGCAAGAACUCUUGGGAAAUGGGACGCCAUGGCCGACUUCUGGGUUUUGCUGGGAGACUUUUCCUCUCUCUCAAUGGCCAGAAUACCAUAUACGGCAUCUUCACUCAAAAGGCCAUCCAUCUCUACGCCAUUGCUUCCAUUGUGGUUGAUUGGAUUCGAAUCCCUGUUCUCGUUACUAUGGGAAGCAAUCCCGACUACUGGCGGCAGGCUUUGCUGUUGAUGCUGGUCUCCAUGCUGCCUCUGAUGGCGUUCAAAUACCUCAGCGCCCGGAAGCGGCCCGAUUUGCAACCCAGGUUCUGGGCGUGUCUGACGUAUCCUUUCUACAAGCAGCUUUAUGCUGCAGUCUCGAUAAUGGGUGCCAUACGAAGCAUAACUUGGUAUAUUGGUGGCCACAAGAAAGCUCUCAGUGUUCGUCAGAUGAUGAAGACGAAUGAUGAGCGUGUGAUUUGGCUUGAUCCCCGCUUCAAUUCAAAUCCUGCCUUCCUUGCUGACGAAGGCGAAGUAUUGAAGCAUGGUUGCGGUAGUAAUGUCUCAAGCAACGACACGCAUUUGUGA